CCGCGUUCCCGCGGCGGCGACGUUUCGACGCGAGACGCGUUAUGUCGGGGAUACGACAUUCGGCAACACACGCCUCUACUUGCCUCGUUCCGCGGCGCACGGAGAUGACGUAAGCGCAUACGCGUAUUAUUCGCGACGCGCCGUUGUUUUCCUUUUUUUUUUCAAGCCGGGUUCAAUCCAGCCCACUAAGUGUCCAGAUCCAACCCGAGUUCCGCUGAUUUGAGCAGAAUGUCUUACCCAGAUGAGGAGUCGUCGGACAUCGGCAUGGCGGCCGAGUCCAAGCUGGAGAACUACCUUUUCAGCUGCGAACUCUCCUCCAAAGUACCCUUCUACACUUUCCAAGGGGACGAAGAGGAGGACUUGGAGCACUUCCUCGAACUACGAACGGUCUGCCUCGGAGAGGGUGCCAAGGAGGAGAGUAACGUGGUGGAGGUGACUGCCAUGAACCACCAGGGAAAGACCAUUUCAGUGCCUAUCGCCAACCUUCAUAUCAACUGUCUCCCGAUGGUGAGUCUGGGAGAGUUUGAGCUGAAGGCUCCAGUUACCAUCAGACUUAAAGCUGGAACGGGGCCAGUCACUGUCAGCGGUUUGCACCUCAUUGCCUCCGUGGCCUCAGACUCCGACCUGUCCGAAGAAGAGGACGACGAAGAGCUAGAAGAGGAUUUUGUGCCCAUCAAACAAGCCAAGAAGAAGCAGAAGAUAUAGGGUCCCUCGAGGGGUUUUAGAGCGACCUCAGUCAGCAGAGGGGCUGAACGCCAUUCCACGACACGUUUUUAUAAUAAAUGGACACACUUUAUAAAAAAAGACAACAAAAAAAGAAGAAGAAGAAGAUUGGAAUAUGUGGCUUUCACGUGGGGGGGGGGGGGAGUUGUGUGGUGUGGUCGAAGCUGGUGUUCUGCAGGAGAGAUAAGCUGACGUGAGCCUGGCAUCUCCUCAGGACGCUCACCUCGGCAGGCCUGUCUCUGCCCGGGCGGUCUGUUUACCUGCAGAUAAGACGGCCAUAGUUUUAAAAUAGAAAAAGGAACAAAAAAAACGUUUUGCUAUGAAUCUUUAUUCAGUGUUUUAUACUGUACUGAAACCCUGUCGGAUGGUGGUGUGGUGUCUCUGCAGGGCUUGGUUAGAUUCCCUUGCGGUGAAUUCUGUCUUCUUGGGUGGAGACACGUUGUUGUAGUAAACGCGGCGUAAAACACCCGGUUGUGCACAUACUUUGCAUGCAGUCGUUUUCUUUCUUAUGCUGAAUCGGUGUUUUGGAAGUUGUCCGGACACGUGUGCGUCGUGCCGAGGAGUCUGUCCUCACACAGGCGGUCCUGUUUUCAAGUAUAUGGUCGAUUUAUACUUGAGAUACUGCACACUGUAUGUCUGUCAAUAAAUGCCUGGAUGAC